AUGAGCAAUUCUUCAAUUAAUCCAGCCUCCAAUAGUUCUAAUAAUGAUUUUAAAGUAAAUAAUAAUGGUGGGGCUAAUAAUAACGAAACUUCUAGUGAUAAAUUUUCUUCUACUAAUGAAAUUCAAAGAUCAUCAUCAACAAUUGAAUCCAUUAAAAACGCCAUUACAUCCACUGAAACAAUUACUAAUGAUGCCACUAUUAGUAGUGCGGAUUUAAAUAAAGCAUCCAACAACACAAAAGCACUCGAUAAUGCACCAACAUCAACAGCUGAUAAUACAAGUGCUGCUGAAUCAUCCGAUUGUGUUGUAAAAACUGAAGAAAUAUGGACUAAUAAUAGUAAUUCAGCUUAUCCUUUUGGUCCUUAUCCUCCAAAACCAGCAAAAACUUAUGAAGAACAUGCAUUGGAUCCCGCUCUUUUCAAUGAUCCUUCAAUGAAAUUAGCUCGUACAGCUGCUGCUACCACAACCGCUGCUCCAGUUAACUAUUAUGGUCAACCUCCAAUCGCUGUUAUUUCAAAUAAUAAUAAUGGAGGCACACCAGAUAAACCACAAACAUUAUCUCCAAGUGUAUCCUCUCCUCAAGCUAUGAUGACUACUUUUAAUUCAAAAACUAUUUCAUCGACUCCUAAAAGAUAUAAAUGUGAAAUUUGUCAAAAAAGAUUUACAAGACCAAGUUCUUUACAAACUCAUAUGUACAGUCAUACUGGUGAAAAACGUAAGUAA